AGAAAAUGUCACCAUGCAAUGUUUUCGUAAACUCAACAGCUAGCUAAGGUUACAGCCCCUGAACUCACACACGUAUUUAAGUUAUUUUAUUUUGAGCCUGAGAGUGGUGUGUUUUUACAUGGGAGGAUUCGUGAACACAUAGACACUGUAGCAGAAGACAUUAUGAGUGGUCCAAGUCCUACAGCCAUUAAUGGCAUUACCCCUCUUCAGCAGAUGGUGGCGUCCUGCUCAGGAGCCAUCCUCACAUCUCUGUUUGUUACUCCUUUGGACGUUGUGAAGAUCAGACUGCAAGCUCAGAAAAACCCCUUCCCCAAAGGGAAAUGCUUUGUUUACUGCAAUGGACUGAUGGACCACAUAUGCGUGUGUGAAAAUGGAAACUCUAAGGCCUGGUACAAAGCCCCCAGUCACUUCAAUGGCACACUGGAUGCCUUCAUCAAGAUAGUGCGUCAAGAAGGAACAAAGGCAUUAUGGAGCGGUCUACCUCCAACCCUUGUUAUGGCAGUCCCAGCUACAGUGAUCUACUUCACGUGCUACGACCAGCUGUGUUCAGCGCUGCGGGUAAGGAUGGGAGACUACGCUCAGGAGGCUCCUCUCUUGGCAGGUGCAAUCGCUAGAGUGGGCUCAGCGACAGUGAUCAGCCCUCUGGAGCUGAUCCGUACGAAGCUGCAAUCUCAGAAACAGUCGUACAGGGAGCUGAGUGACUGCAUCCGCUCUGCAGUGCAGUCAGAGGGCUGGCUGUCUCUGUGGAGAGGUUUGGGGCCCACGCUCCUCCGAGACGUGCCUUUCUCAGCCAUGUACUGGUACAACUACGAGAAGGGCAAGAGUUGGCUGUGUGAGCGCUAUAACACCAGAGAACCCACUUUUACCAUUACCUUUGUAUCAGGAGCGAUGUCUGGCUCUAUUGCGUCCAUUGUGACUUUACCUUUUGAUGUCGUCAAAACGAGAAGGCAGGUGGAGCUGGGAGAGCUACAAGCAAAGAAUUUGUCAUGUCAGGUCUCCUCCUCCACCUUCAGCGUGAUGAGCAGGAUUGUGGCACAGGACGGGUUUGGUGGACUGUUUGCAGGUUUCAUCCCGAGGUUGAUCAAAGUGGCUCCGGCCUGCGCCAUCAUGAUCAGCAGUUAUGAGUUCGGAAAAGCCUUUUUCCGCAAACACAACCAGGAGAGGACACUCAGGCCACAGCAGGACAAUAACACUUGAUAGAUUCCAUGUCAUUUCUCUCCACACCAAACAGCACUACUGCUAGAGUUUACCUGGAGGAGGGGAAUGCACAUGUUGCCAAACUAAAAACAAGUUGAAAUGUAAAUGAACAAAAUUAUGAACUACUCUCUUAGUAAGAAGAUUUGUAUUAAAUUAUUGUUAGUAUUUAUAAUUGAUCAUUCUAUGAUUUUAGGUUUGAUGCCAUAUAUCCUGUGUGUACAAAUGAAAAGAAAUAAUGUUUUCAUCAGUUUUCAAAUCAAAGGUUUUUCGAUUAAUUGCCAGCAGAUGGCCCCCCAGUUUUGUUAAUAUGAAUUUCUAUAAGCUCGAGUGCACUGUGCCUGAAGUCCUUUUAUUAGAGAUGAAAGAUUAUUCUCUUUUUAUUCCUGUGUCACGCUGAGUCACAGUAUCCUCCCCAGUCCCAGAAAACAGAUCUCCAUGUUUUUGCACUUCUUUUCCAAUUCCCUGUGACCUGUGGAUACGUGUGACACAAAAGCAAACCAUACACAAGCCAAAAUCGUUCCAUUUUGAAGCUGUGAGUUUGUUUUCAGUUUGAAGACCCUGUGAAAGAGGACUGAAUCAUGUAAACUUUCUGAAAAUGUUACGUCUCAAAUGUUAAAUAUACAUACAUGAUAUUCUUUAGACAUUCUCCUUCAUUGACUUCGUAUCACUGUUUGAGUAAGAGCAGUUUAUUCAAAGGAUAAAAAGGCAAAUAAAUCCAAUAAAACAUC